AUGGAGGGCCGGGCGCAGUUCUGGGUGUCCUGCUGGCACGCUACACCUUUCACAAGUCUACCUGUCCGGGAAGAAAUGAUGGCAAAAUACUCUAACCUUUCCUUGGAGAGUCAUAACAUAUCACUGACUGAACAUUCCAAUAUGCCAGUCGAAAAAAAUAUCACUUUAGAAAGACCUUCUAAUAUAGAACUCACAUGCCAAUUCACGACAUCUGGAGAUUUGAAUUCAGUAAAUGUGACUUGGAGAAAAGGUGAUGAACUACUUGAGAAUAAUUAUCUCAUCAAUGCAACAGGAAGCAUCCUGUAUACCCAAUACAUGUUCACCAUCGUUAAUAGCGAACAAAUGGGAAGUUAUUCUUGUUUCUUUGAGGAGAAAAAGGAACAAAGGGGCACAUUUAAUUUCAAAGUCUCUGAACUUCAUGAAAAAAAGAAACCGUUGAUCACUUAGGUAGGGGAUUCAGUUGUCUUGAUGUGUAAAUGUCAAGACUGUUUUCCUUUAAAUUGGACCUGGUACAGUAGUAAUGGGAGUGUACAGGUUCCUGUUGGUGUUCCAAUGAACAAUAAGUAUGUGAUCAAUGGAAAAAAUGCUAAUGAAACAAGGCUCAAGAUAAUGCAACUUUCAGAGGAAGAUCAGGGAUCUUACUGGUGCCAUGCAAUAUUCCAAUUAGGCGAGAGUGAAGAACACAUUGAAAUUGUCGUGCUGAGUUAUUGGGUGCCCCUCAAAGCAUUUCUUGCAAUAGCUGCUGAGGUUGUUCUUUUAGUGGCUAUUAUUCUGCUUUGUGAAAUGUACACCCAAAAGAAAAAGAAGCACUCAGAUGAUGGGAAGGAAUGUGAACAAACUGAACAGCUGAAAUCAGAUGAUAGCAAUGGUAUAGAAAAUAAUGCUCCCAGGCACAGAAAAAAUGAAUCUGUGGGCCAGUGAAUGAGAAACAUCAUGUCAAGAGUCACAGGAAGAUGUCAAAAAGUUUGGAUUUCAGCUUUGUUUCUGCUUCCUGU